AAACAUCACCCAGCAUCAGUGGUUCUGUAGACGCAGUUCAAUGAUCAUUGUAAACAUUUAUUAAACAAGUGCAACGGUGCGAAUUAAAUUUAUUGAUCGAAAGAAAAGAAAGAAAAAUGUUUGGAUUAAAAAUUGCAAGUGUUUUGAUUCUGUGUGUGGUGGUUGUCAAUGCGGACGAUGCGCCGAGCUUAGGACUACGGGCCGUGUUGCGCGUUUAUGAUGAGUGCCAAAAAGCUGAAGGAGGCUUUCCGCCGUGUAUUAAGAAAAAAACGAUUUCGUUUAUCGAUCGGGUUACGAAAAUCGAUGCUAUCACUAUCGGCGACGGUGUUAAAUUAGUUCGUACCGAGGAAGAUGUUGCCGAUCAGGCAACGGCGGCCGCUACACAAACGGAUUAUGAACAAUCACUGCCCCGUGGAUUAGAGGCACGUGAUGAGGCAUUAUCGUUGAUUCUAUUCGAAAGGAUAUCGCAGUUCUUCAACGGACGUGUGUUGAAGAUUAAUUUGCCGAAAUUGUCUUCCGACGAUAUUGGACGUCAAUUGGAAGAAGGCCGUGGUAAGAUGAAGAAAAUGAUGGGAAUGAUGAUGAUGGGUUUUGCUAUGAAAAUGGCAGCCAUGGUACCGGUUGCCAUUGCCGGUCUAUAUAUCCUGGCUGGAAAGGCUCUGAUCAUUUCAAAGAUUGCCCUGCUGUUGGCUGGAAUAAUUGGAAUUAAGAAGCUUUUGUCAAGCAAACAAAGUAGUGGAGGAUCGAGCGGUUGGUCAUCGGGCGGUUCAAGCGGUGGUGGAUGGCAAUCGAGUGGCGGAAGUGGUGGACAUGGCGGCGGUGGAUGGGACCGAAGAUCGAUUGAAGCUCAAAGUCUCGCCUACAAUGGCUAUGCACCGAAAAGCCAAUAAGACACAUUGUAACACAAUAACACGGCAGGCAUUAUAUACAUCAAGUUCUUCUUCAUUUUUUUUAUAUUACCCAACGUUUUUCACCUAUACAACACAUUGUACUCUGAUUGAUUCUUUUUUACUCACUUUUUCUAAUUUCAAUUUUUCUUUCUAUUCUUUCGAAAGAAAUUAACUAACCUAAGCGAAGUGUUCUUUUGAUUACUUACAGAUUGUAUAGAUCAUUCAUUUAAAUUGGAUAGAAGUUAAUUUAUUUUUCCAAUAUUAGUUUGUUAAGGCAUCUCGUACAUACAAUGUAUACCUACCAUAAUAAUGUUACAUGAAAUAAUGUGUGAAGUCUGUUGAACCCUCUCAACAACAACAAUUAUUAUUUUUAUUUAUUAUAAUUUUUGACGAAGCCAAUUUUAAUGUUAAAACAUUUUAUCAUUUAUUUAUUUUAUUUAUUUAUUUUUAUACUUAAUAAUGUUAUACACAAUAUUGAACGUUUCAU